GGUCAUUGUCAGCAUCUUCAUGUUGUUUGCCAGGCCAUGGACCCCUGUCAUGGCGCCUCUCCGACCCUCCGACGUCGGCCUAUCUUAUCAUGCACGCUAAAAUUUUGGGAAGUUGCGUCACGGCGAACAGUCACUUGGAGUGCAUCGGACGAGGCCUUGAACUUGUUUGUAGAUUGCAAUGGCUUCACGAAUGGCUUCCAAGCGCGUAUGCGCUGUAUUGCGUACAUCGCGUGUCAACUACACGUCGGCGCGGUUUGCUUCGGCAGCCUCUGCAGUUAGGGGAUCCAGUCUACCACAGGAUGUAAAGGAUGCCAUAGCCCGCGAUUCUACACUGGCCACGCCCGACCCAUCCUCAUCCUCCAAGACAGCCGGCCUGGUCAACCAGCAGCUACCGUACAUGGUCCCAACCUAUGUACGGCCACCGCCCAUGUUCGAGAAGGGAGAGGGGUGCUACAUGUGGGACAUUGAGAACAGGAGGUACCUGGACUUCACAGCUGGUAUCGCCGUCAAUGCGCUCGGGCACUGCGACGCUGGGGUAGCCCAGGUCAUUGGAGAACAGGCCAAGCAACUCAUGCACACUUCAAACCUCUACCACAACCCGCACACAGGCUUGCUGUCCAAGCAGCUCAUUCAGCUCACACAUGCGACUGGGGGCUUCGCCAGCGCGACUCGCACCUUCAUCUGCAACAGCGGUUCCGAAGCCAACGAGGCUGCCAUAAAGUUCGCGCGCAAGGUCGGCAAGUCAAUGUCACCAGACAAGGACAAGCAUGAGUUCGUGUCCUUCCACAACUCAUUCCAUGGCCGGACUAUGGGAAGUCUGAGCGCGACACCAAACCCCAAGUACCAGACACCAUUUUCCCCAAUGGUGCCCGGCUUCAAGUACGGCACCUUCAACGACGUCAACGCCGUCAACGAGCUAGUCACCGAUGCCACAUGUGGUGUCAUUGUAGAGCCAAUCCAAGGAGAGGGUGGCGUAAACGUCGCAACGCCCGAGUUCCUUCUCGCGCUGCGAAAGAGAUGCACAGAAGUCGGCGCAGUCCUCAUCUUCGACGAGAUCCAAUGCGGCCUAGGCCGAACAGGUACUUUCUGGGCACAUGCAGGCUAUCCCAAGGAAUGCCACCCCGAUAUUGUCACCACGGCCAAGGCACUUGGCAACGGUUUCCCUAUCGGCGCCACUAUCGUCAACGAUUUUGUCUGCGAACAUAUCAAGACUGGUGACCACGGCACCACUUUCGGCGGCAACCCUCUUGGAUCGCGUGUCGCUUCAUACAUCCUCUCUCGUCUGUCAUCGCCAGACAUUCUCGACUCGAUACCCGCAAAAGAGCAAGCAUUCCGCAAACACUUUGAUACUCUGCGAAAGCGCUUCUCAAGCCAGAUCAAGGAAGUCAGAGGCAAGGGACUUAUCCUAGGCCUUCAACUCGAUGUAGAUCCCACGCCUAUCGUUACUGCUGCUCGUGAAAGAGGUCUCCUGAUCAUCACCUGUGGUACAAACACCUUGAGGUUUGUCCCACCACUUGUCAUCACCGAAGCAGAAAUCGAGGAGGGCAUGCAAAUCCUGGGCCAGGCCAUGGAGAGUGUAUGGAUCAAGCACGAUGACGUCGAGGGCACGGACGGUCAACAGGAGAUGCGAUAAUGCACGUCCUGGUUAGCAUGGCGUUCAUCGGCGUUCUAGACAGGUAGCAUUGUACAUAUUUCACCAAAAUGGCAUAAGGCAGAUGAAGUUGAAGUGUAUCUAGAGGAGUGUAUUAUUGAUGUUCGCGCUCAGAUACUGUAUUGCAUCGAAGCAGUAAGAACAGAAGCCGAAGCCAAGAAUGACAGGUAAAGACGAAAAGAGGAAACGCUCCAUCGUCACUGGAGGUGGAUGAGCCUGCAGUUGUACGCAGAACAUGGAAUAGAACCCGUCGUACCUCAACCAUUGCCGAAGAUACUAGCCGAUGGCGCGAAUGAGGCUGCACCAGCCGCUGACAUACUACCGUCGUGAGUUUGCCCUCGCAGUGGCAAGCCACGAUCCAAGUCGGUUCCAGAGGGUGUCGUCGCAAUGUGGGCAUCAU